AUGUUUACAGUCGAGGUCUUGCUUCCGCGUAUGGAGACGCGAUCACUACUUGAGGCGGUGGUGGUGGCCAGGCAGUCACUCACCCUCCCCGAGCCUCCAAUAACCCUCGAAGGAGAGCUGGCUCUCCUUGUGUUCCCCGAUAACCGCCAGCUACGCCACGUGGUGACCGAAUUAGCCCCGAAAGCAGUGGUGGUUAGUGGAUGGCAAUGCGACCUGAGCCAGGAGCUCAUGGACGCCCUUGACGCCCUCAGCCACUCCCAAGAGCUCAUAGACGCCGUGGUGAUUGAUAACAUAUCCCUAUUCUACUGGGAACUCCGACAAUUGCCUACAACGUCGGCGACGGCGUGGUAUACCAAUUUGAACCGCCACGUCCAAAGACUAAACAGUUACGGAAUCCCCGUGGUGGUCACCAUGAUGGACCAUACUAUCGACAGUGGUUAUAACGGCGAGUUUACUGAGCCUGACGUUACCCGGUGGCUGGACGUGCUGGCGGUGCCCGUUGCCUUUGCCGAGCGGUUUGAUAAAGUGGUCUACAUUUCCACUGGUACCGUGGUGGACAUGUCUCGAAAAUCGUAA